UGACGUACUCAUCCAUUGACGGUCGUUAUCGAGUCGUGUUUACUUUAUGGCUCCCCCCUGUUUUACACGUUUUUAGCCCAGAAAGAACUGCUAUCCUUUCAAAAUGUGGUUAUAAGUAAUACUAGAUAACUGAUUUUAAAUCCAUUUAUUUUACUUUUUCGUUGCCUGGUUUGGGAAAGCAGCAGUGAGAUGGAUAAAUCUCGAAAGUUGGUGAAAGCAGACUGUGAGGAGCUCCUGAACCGCCUCCAGAUAACGGAGUCUGUCCGUUUCGAGGUUUUCUCUAAGAUCUGGAGGGAAAUGAAGUUCUCCGAGAUAGUUCAUGGUAUUGAAGCGAAGCAUGAGAAGCGACAGUUUAGUCGCCUGCUUUUGGAGACAGCCUGCACCUUCUUCCUGCCUCCGUUCAGCUUCCAGAUCAGAGUGGGAGGUCUGUACCUGCUGUACAGCUUGUAUCGAUGUCAGACUGCCUCACCUCCAGCACAGAUCCGUCUGGCGCUGAGGGACUGGGAGGAUGUGAAGAAGUUAGAGAAGGACGCCCUGGAAGCCAAGCAUCUUGAUGUUGUUUACAUCCUCCAUCAGCUGAUGUUCCUCAAAGCUUUCCACUUCACUGCCAUGCCCACUCUGCUUACCUUCAAGAAGAAGAAGAAACCAGAGAAGUCUCCGUUGUGUGAAGCGUUCAUAGAGCGAGCGUCUCGUCCGCAGCAGCUCAUCAACAUCGAGCUGCUGGAGGAACUAUCAAACAUCCAUGAUCUCUAUGACAAGCUGAAGACCUCUGCCUCUCUGACAUCAGAAGAUGCAGCCACGCCCGUUAAUCUGAUGAAAAAACAUCUCGUUCCUCAUCUGCGCGGCACUGUAGUGGAUUUUUACAAAUGGCAGCAAAGAGAGGAUGGGACUGAUUUUGAGGAAGACAGCGGAGAGGGAACGUCUUCACAGCAGGAGUGCUCUGAACGGGCUGAUCGUCUGGCAGCCAUCAAAUCAAAAGCCUAUGGAGAGGCAGCAGAGGCCUGUAAGUCCCGACGCCAUCGCCAAGUGGAACUGGAUCUUACGAGUAACGAGACAGGACCCUCCACAUCGUCAGGUCACUCCAGAUCCAAAAAACUGUCACUUAAAUUCAGAACCAAUGAGAACUUACACAUCUCAGGUGACCUGUGGAAAGAAGCCACAUCAGCCACUCAGAUCAACCGCCUCACCACAGUGGACUUUGUUCCUGAAGAACAACCAAGAAAGAAGAAGAUAAAACCCACGUAGUGAUGAAGACAUCACAGGAUUUACCUGAUUGGAGCUGCUGUUCAAUAGUUUUUCAAAGUUUAGUUUGAAAUGUUGAGAAAAGUUGUGUGAUUGUAAGGAAUUCUCUUUCAUCUUUUAUCCUUCUGCAUCAAAGAAAAGUGAGAUUUUAUAUAUUUUUUUUUUUUAUAAAAAAGUAGAGUUUAAUUAACUCACUAAAUUGACUGUAAAAAGAACUGCUCUUUUUUUAACCUGUCUAUCAUUGAAGAUGAACCCUGCACCUCUCCUGUAUAGUCAGAGAAAUGUUACCAUUUGCCUAUAACAGUGAGGGAAGCACAGGAUGUGUCUUUAAGCUGUAUUAUGCACCUUGUGAUUAAGUUUAGACGUGUUAACAUGUUCUUUGUUCAGUUUAUGUCUUUACACAGGUUCUUCUGUGAAAUACUUCCCUUUAUGAAGUUCCAGUGUCUGUUUAUAAAACUGUUUUUAUAAUAAC